UAAUAAUACUUUAAAAAAUUUCCCCUGGUCCAUUGCGUUUAUGGACGAACAGGAGGCCGAGCUUGAGCGGAGGGAGGCGGCCCUUGCCGCCACUCCAAUCCUCCAACCUGAUUUCAGGUCGUCGAAGGUCACUCAGUCUCAACUCGACAAGUUCAAGGAGCUGAACAAGAGAAGAUUACAGCUAAAAGAGAAGUCUAAGGAUAUAGGAAAGCCUAAAGGUAAAGCAAGCCAAGCUGUGAAGGCAUGCUCGGGUCUUAUGGAAGAUGGCUGCAAAAGCAAGCUUGCAAAUAACACCAUUGAAGCAUCAAAUCUGUCAGCUGCGAAGGGAAAGGAUGAUGUGGUAGCUACUGUGCCGAAAAAGAAAAAGAAGUUACGUUGGGGCCUUGAAGCAAAGGAAAGAUGGGAGCGGAAAUCCAACAUGUAGCUUAAAUUAACUUUAUUUUCCACUUUACAAUGUGUUAGGCGAGCAUUUCUAUGUGAUUAAUUACUUUUAUGUCUUCUUGAACAAAAACGAUAUUGAUAUCGCAAACUCUAUGGUUAUUGUGACCUCUUAUUGCAAGCAUAAGGAUUGAUUUCAAAGUCUUUUGCGCUGCAA